GUUGUGACUGUAAGUACGGUGUCAUAACAGCAGCUGGUUUUAGUUAUGGUGGACAUCAUUCGAGAAUAAAGAAGUUCGAACGGGAAAAAAGCGUAGCGAGUGUGGUUCUUUGUGCUAAUAAUGACUGCAGUAUGAAGUGUAUCCACGAAGAUUCAAACAUUCUGCGUUCAAAUAAAUCAUAGUAAAGGCCCGAUGUGUGUGCGUGAAAAUCAUAUUUUCGAUUUUUGAAUUUUUUUCUUUGUCGUCCGAAAUCUAAAAGAAAGUGCAUCCAUAUAAGGCAAUACAAGCGUGAGAGAGAAAUCUACGAACAAAGAGAAGAAAAAAAAACCCAUCCAUAAUUUCAAGUCGAUUUUGUUGUUCACCACGCACAUACACGAGAAAAAGAAUUCUAUUUCUGGCCUUUAAAACCGUACCUACAACACUGAAUAGGCGUAUUUUGAUUACAGCGAGAAAGAAAGAGAAAGAGAAAGCUAACGCGCACAUCCAUCGAAACAGAAUCCAAUUGAUUUGAAAUAUUGUUGUAAUAUUGUGUUAUUACCAAUACGACGUACAGCUACACAGAGGCGACACCAUCGCACGAAUUUGAAACAACAACAAACGUAAACAAAGAUUAUAUUCACAGUUUACUGUGGUGGAAACAGCGAUCGACAAUAAAAAGUAAUACGAAGUCUUUGUGUUAUUUAUCAGCACUCACAUCGUAUUUUAAAAUUAUUUACAACAAAGAGAAAACAAAUACAAAUUUUACAUUUGAUUCCGAGAUUAUUUUGGUCGUUUCGUCUAAAAUAAAAUCGCGUAAAUUUGAACGACGAAAUCCGUCUGUGAAAUGUCAUCCAGUUGUUGUGGCACAAAGAAACAAAGAAUGAAUAAUCAACAAUGCAAUCAUACUCAAGCCAGUCAUGCCAAAACCAAUGGCAUUGCACCCGGCUCAUCAACAUCGAACGGCACCCAUAAUCAUGUGACCAAUCAUAACGGUAUUUGCUCAAAUGGCUAUGGUGGCAUCGAACAAGUUGCAAAUCCGGAAAUGUGCUUCUUUUGCUUUGAGGUUCUGUAUCACGAACUGUAUCGCAGCGACGAUCAACCAGAGGCCAAUUUCACAAAUGAAGCCUAUCCGUUGUUCGUUACUUGGCAUAUUGGUCGAGACCGACGGUUGCGCGGUUGCAUUGGGACAUUCAACUCGAUGAAUUUGCAUUCAGGUCUAAAAGAAUAUGCCCUAACUAGCUCGUUACGAGACAGCCGUUUCCCUCCGAUUGGCCGUGAAGAAUUCGCCAAGUUGACUGUUUCGGUGUCGAUUUUGCAGAAUUUCGAAGAGGCCGAUAGCUAUCUCGACUGGACUAUUGGUGUGCAUGGAAUUCGUAUCGAAUUUUUAAAUGAACGUGGUAGUAAACGUAGUGCAACCUAUUUGCCAAAGGUAGCUUCCGAGCAAGGAUGGGAUCAAAUCCAAACGAUCGAUUCAUUGCUUCGCAAAGGUGGAUAUCGCGGACAUAUUUCACAGGAAGUUCGUGAUUCGAUCAAAUUGACGCGUUAUCAAUCGUCCGAGACUCAUAUGACCUACGGUGAAUAUCGUGAUAUUGCUGAUCGUCGUCAAUCGGGCAAAAUGAUCGGUGUGUGCUAACGGUAUAAACAUUCCAUCUUCAUCGACGGCGGCGGCGACGACGGCAGCACCAAAUCCACACUUGAAACCACAGCUCCAUCAUGCCGUUAUUGUCAAAUGGAAUUCAACAGCACAUCGUAUACUAAUGCGUUAGUACUUUCGACGACAAAACUCCAAUUCUAAUAGCGAUAAGAAACUCUUUUUUUCCCUGAAAUUCAAUUUUUAAAGACAGUAUGAGAAUGAGAUCGAUUUAUUUUUGCGAUUAUUUUUUUCUUCUUUGGUUUAUUUAAAUCUCUAAAAUUUAACAAAAAAAAAAUGUGUGAAAAAAAUAUAUUUCUGAUCAAUAGAAUAUGUUAAAACAUAAUAAAAAUUUUGAUGUCAAAGGUUUAAGAUUUUGGGUAGACGUAAAUCCGGACACAUUAACAAUGCAAUCGCAGUGAAAUGGAAACAAAUACAAAAAAAAUGGUUUAAACAGUUUAAUUCACUUAAAAUGUUAACCACUUUGAUCAAAGAACACUACAACUACUUAAGAAUAUUACUUACAAUGUAGGAUAAUUAUCAGACAAUUUUAAUGAAAAUAGAGCUCUACCUAUCAAUCAAUUGUAACCGUCAGAGAAAGAGCAGAAAUCAUAUUUUUUGAACAGUUCAAGAGGAAUGAAAAAAAACAAAACAGAACAAAAAAAAUUACUCUCUUCAGAAUUUCGUACAACAUUUUUUUUUCUCUCUAGAUAUUAAGCAAUUAAACAUUAAGGAUCGUCGAAAGAUCGAAAGUGUGAAAAUUGAAACAAAUCAAAUUCAGAAGAGAAAAUUUCAUCUAAUUCGAAAAACUAUCUUCGUUUGAAACUUGAUCGAUUUAUCUAUUUUUUCUGUUGUUGAAUUAUCCAUUUUAUCCAAAGGAAAUAAAAGAUUACAUGCAAAUAAACAAAACAAA